AUGAUCUCGCAGAAGCUGUCGUACGGCGACGUGCCGACGUCCGCGUCGCUGUCCUCGCUGUCACCGGGCCUCGCGCCCCCAUACGUGAACGGUAUGGGCUGCAUGCCUGCGCAGCCUUACCCCAACCUGUACUCCAACAACAUGGUAGCCGGCAGCUCGUGCAUGGGCUCCCCGGGCGUGGGCUACAGCCCGCCCAGCACCAUGGCCUCCUGCAUGGGCGGCGGCGGAGCUGUGCCCUACGGCUCGCUGCCACGCGAGCAAGAAGCCGCCUCGCCCACCUCAGCGCUGCAGCGAGCUCGCAACGACAAGACCUACCGCCGCUCGUACACACACGCCAAGCCGCCCUACUCCUACAUCUCGCUCAUCACGAUGGCCAUCCAGAACAACCCAUCGCGCAUGCUCACGCUCUCGGAGAUCUACCAGUUCAUCAUGGACCUGUUCCCGUUCUACAGACAGAACCAGCAGCGCUGGCAGAACUCCAUACGGCAUUCGCUGUCGUUCAACGAUUGCUUCGUGAAAGUGCCGCGGACGCCAGACAAGCCUGGCAAGGGAUCGUUCUGGACGCUGCACCCAGAUAGCGGCAAUAUGUUCGAGAAUGGUUGUUUCUUACGAAGGCAGAAGCGAUUUAAGGAUGAGAAGAAAGAGUCAAUAAGACAAGCACAGAAAGCGCACACUGGGCACGGACACCACGGAGGGUCGCAUGAGAAGCGCGGCGACCACUCACACGAGAAGGGAGGUGUCGGAGGUGGCGCGCCGCCGGGCGGAGAGGACAAAGAGAUGCGCGACGAGCUGCUGGCGCAGCUGCACGCGGCGCCUGAGCUGUGCCUGCCUGAGCACACGCCGCUGGCGCUGGAGCACUACGCGCAGCUGAAGCAGGAGCCCACGGGGUACGCGCCCGCCCAGCACCCAUUCAGCAUCACUCGGCUACUGCCUGGAGCCGACACGAAGGCAGACCUGAAGAUGUACGACGUGAACUAUGGGUACGGGCACUCGCCGGCUGACAACUACUACCAGUCGCCGCUGUACCACCACCACCACGCGCACGCGCAGCCGCCCUUGUGA